AUGGAAUGAAAUUAAUCAAAUGUAUUUAUAUUCUUUUUCUAUUUAUCCAAAUUAUCCGUAAAAUCAUUUUAGAUCUGGAUAUUGCCAAUGGAGAGAUAUUAUGACACCAGCGACAAUUCUAAAAAAUCUUUGCCAUCUGUAUCACUUGGAAACUCCGGUGUACACAGAGACAUCUGUCCGCAUAGGCGCCAAGCUUUUUAGAGUUGACGAAAGCAUGUGUAGGAGCGAUCAAUUUGAGAACAAUCAAGUUCUUGCUUUGGCCGCAUUGGGGCGCUGGAAGGAGAUGCCCAUUGUGGGGUUUUCUUUAGUGCCUGAGCAUGUGGAGACAAGAUCGCUUUUUCAUCCUUCAAAACCGGGAAUCGAACAGGGUAAAAUACAAAUGUGGAUCGACUUGUUGCAGUACAAAGAAGACCGUCCUUUGCCAGAAGCUGUGGACAUAACUCCUCGGAAACCAAAAGCCUAUGAACUUCGAGUAAUAAUCUGGAAUACCCAAGAUGUUAAGUUAACUGAGGACGACUUUUUCACUGGGGAGAAAAAAUCCGAUAUAUAUGUCAAAGGCUGGCUGUCUGGCGCCGAGGAUGCACAAUGCACGGACGUCCAUUACAGAUCCUUGACGGGCGAAGGAAAUUUCAACUGGAGAUUUAUUUUUCCCUUUGAGUAUCUUUCCACAGAAAAUCAAAUGGUUUUUAAAAAGAAAGCUAUGAUUUAUUCUAGAGUCGAAACUGAAUUUAAAACUCCUUGCAGACUUACCUUGCAAGUGUGGGACAAUGAUACACUUUUACCCGAUGAUUUUUUAGGUACGAUGACCUUAGAACUGGCGAACUUGCCAAAGGGCUCGCCAUCUCCACAUAAAUGCAAUUUAUCAAUAUUUGACCCGAUGGCAAGAACUGUUAAUCUGUUUAAAAUAAAACGCACGAAAGGUUGGUGGCCUUUUUAUGAUAGGGAUGAAAAAACUCGAGAAAAUUUUCUUACGGGAAAAGUUGAGGCAGAACUAGAGAUAUUUUUAUUGGACGAUGCAAUUGCUCAGCCAGCUGGAAUGGGACGAGAUGAGCCUCAAUCAUUACCUCCUCCAAAGUAUGUAAUGUAA